AUGUCGGUGAGAAUCGACGACUCCAAACUUCUCGACGACGUCAACGAGAAGCUCAUGUUCCACAGAUUGAAUAUGCUGGUCGCCGGCGUCACCUUCAUCUUCAACAUCCUCCUCUUCGUGGUGUUUCUGAGCUCGCGCCAAAUCUACACCAAAGAGAAGCACCAAGUGCUGCUGAUUCUCGGAAUCGCCGACGCCGCCAACACGAUCGCCAUUUUUUCGAUGGGCCUCAGUCGGGUGGUGCUCUUCUCGCGCAUCGUCGACACCCGAGAGAUUCCGUUGAGGACGUGCUGGGAGUGCGCCACCGAGACAUGGCUUCUACUGCGCGGCAUCGGCGAUCUCUGGCCGCCGCUCGUUCAAUCGAUAUUCACGAUUCAAAAAUUCUCGGCCAUUUUCACCCCACUAUGGUACUACAAACGUUGUCGAAAUGGAUCGUUGAUUCUGCUCGCGACGAGUCUAGCGAUCCUCGUUCCGAGCCUCAUCGUCGGUUAUGUUCUGGCGUGGUCGAAUCGCGAUUCGAACGCCCGAUACUAUUGUGGAAGACGAGCCGCGUUCGGCACCGCCUACGCGACAUUCAUCUACUCCAUCAACAUCAUCGGCUAUCUGUUGAGCUUCAUCAUCAACUGCGUCAAUAUGAGCAAAGUGAUGACAACGAGUAACAAGUGCGUUGGGAAAAUAGAAUGUUGA